AUGACCCCUUUAACAUUAGUUUCUAACAUAAAUGUGAAAGAUAAAUCUGAUUUUACAGGCAUUUCUCAGCCUUUAAGUGGAAAGCUGAGUGGCCUUGUUUCUGUUGGAGACACUAAAGUUCAGCUAAACAAUGUGGACAUCCAUGGCUUUGCUGUGUUGGGAGAAGGUCGCGUAUACAUCUCCAUCAGUCCUGUCCCAGCUCAGGCAGGUUGGGCUCUGAUGGCUGUAAGCCCUCUGGUCUCUACAUUUGGCUGGCUGUUUGCUCUUGAGCUCCAAGACCAUCUGAAUGGCUUCAGCAUAACUGGUGCUGAGUUUUCUGAUCAGGCAGAGCUGGUCUUCAGCCCACAAGGUCAGCGUGUUACCAUUAUUCAAGAGGCUCAAGGAAUGGAUUCAUAUAACCACUUGAAUUUCAACAUAAGGAUCAAUGGAGAUUUACCUAGCAUUCCUGGUGGUGCUAACGUCCAUAUUCUGCCAUAUGAAGAGACCUAUCAAUACAAUCAAUCAGCUGUGACAUCAUCUUCACUGCGAGAGUACAUGGUGGUGUCAGAAAAUGGUGGAUCUGAGACAUUCUCCUACCUGCUACACCAGAAUGUGAGUUUCCGUAGCUGUGAGCAUGGCACAUGGACCAUACCGGACUUUCAACAGGUGCAUGUGGAGCAUCUGAUGGUCAUGUUCACAGAAGGAACCACCCUUAGAUAUGCCAUAACCAAUAAAGUGGGGCCUGUAGGAGGUGAGCUCCCUGGGCUUGUGGAGUUGAACCCCUGUUCGACUGGGAAGCACCAUUGUGACCCCAUGGCUCUCUGCCUGCCAGGGGAUGACACUCAUUAUCAUUGUCAGUGUGCCAUGGGCUUCCAAGGGGAUGGACGCAACUGCUAUGAUGUAGAUGAGUGCGCUGAGGGGCUCAGUUCCUGUGGUCCUCACUCCGAGUGUGUGAACAUGCCGGGUGGCUAUCACUGCCACUGUCAGUCUGGCUAUGAGUUUGACCUCGAUUUGCAUGUGUGUGUGGAUAUUGAUGAGUGUUUUCUGCAGCUCUGUCAUCCGUUUGCUUCCUGCUUCAACACCCAGGGCUCUUUCCACUGCCAGUGCUGGCCUGAAUACAAGGGCGACGGCUUCCUCUGCCAACCACCACAAAAGCGCAAACCGCCCUUAACUGUGUGCCAACACCACAGAGAAAGUUUGCAGGAGAGUCUAAGCAUCUACCCAGGCCUGGAGGCCUUUAUUCCUCAGUGUGAUGAGAAAGGGCAGUACAAACCCCUGCAGUGCCUGGGCUCCACUGGACACUGCUGGUGUGUGGACAGUAGAGGGCAGGAGAGAGUGGGCACCAGGACAAUGCCUGGCACAGUGCAUGCCAACUGUGAUCAACCAGGUAUGGAUUUCUGCCCUCACAUUUUGCACUUACUGCUUUCUAACUUUUGAUUUGGUCAGAUAAACGCUUCUUUUGUUUU